AUGUGUUUUCAAUAUCUUCUCUUUGCUGGAUUAUUACUUAUUUCCAAGCUGCAUGCUACUUCUGAAAUCAAAUCUAUUAAACAACAGCCAACUGUUCGGUUAAUGAAUGCCGUUCACGGUGAAGUACUCAUGCCGGUAGUUGGUCUGGGCACUGGAGGUUACGGUUCGGCGAAUGGAUCAGGUGGAGAAUAUUGGGGACCUGAACAAGGUCAUAACGCUACUGUAGCAUGGUUAAAUAUGGGUGGUCGACGUAUUGAUAGUUCAGACGAUUAUGCUUCGCGCGAUGGUGUUGGUACUGGUUGGGUAGCAAGUGGCAUACCUCGUUUAGAGGUAUUCAUUACAUCCAAAGUAGAUCCUGCAGGGUAUGAACAAACACUUUCGAAAUUUACCGAUAUACUCAAGUCUUUACAAACUACUUAUGUUGAUCUUCUACUUAUUCAUUGGCCUGGUGCUCAGCCGGGUAAAUCUGAUAAACCAAUACCGCCUUGUAAACAAGGAAAGGCUACUUGGACAGAUUGUCGCAUCGAAACAUGGCGAGCAUUAGAAACUAUAUUCAAACUACAACAAGUUCGUGCUAUUGGUGUUAGUAAUUAUGAAGUAAAUCAUUUGUUAGAAAUUUUCAACUUGAACUCUACUCUUCCAAGUGUUAAUCAAGUUGAAUUCCAUCCUUACUGGCACGAAGAUGAACUUGUUGAUUUUUGUCAGAAACAUAACAUUACAUUCAACAGUUACUCGCCCGUCGGCUGUCCUGAUCAUGCAUUAACACUUGGUCCAACUUGGAAUCCUAUACCUGAUCUACGUAAACAUCCACGUGUAGUUACAAUCGCAGCUAAACAUGGCAAAACCUCAGCUCAAGUAGUACUUCGCUGGCACUGGCAACAAGGUAUUGUUGUUAAUCCACGUACUCGCGAUCCAACUCAUAUGAUGGAAAAUAUGUCGAUAUUCGAUUUUGAACUCGACCAAGAAGAUAUGAUGACUCUUGCUUAUUUAAAUCAUCCGAUGAGCAAAGUAUGCGGCGAUCCAAGAUUAAUUCCAUAG